CUCAAUCGCUAAGCCCUUUCUUUAACCUAGUCGUCAUUCAUUCUCCAAUCAUCACUCUCUCGGGGAAGAUGAACACGAUAGCGAAGCGGGUUACGGGACUAGUGACUCGGUCGAGUCAGAGCCAGCUGCAGCAGGAGAGAGGGAUAAGGGUGAAGGUGUUCUCAGGGGAUCUGGACAAGGCGCUGACGAUUCUGCAGAGGAAGAUGCAGUCGAGCGGGAUGGAGAGGCUGAUCAAAGCGCAGCAGACGCAUCACAUAAAGAACUCGGAGAAGAAGGUUCUCGCUAGGAAGAAUCUUGAACGGAAGGUCAAAUCCAUUGACUUUGCUCGCAAACUCCAGUCCAUCCUCAUCAAGAAAGUCAGAGGUUUAUGAGACCUGAGCCGAAACGACGGUGUUGCUAUAACCAUUCAUCAUCUUUCUUUACAUUACAUUUUCGGGGAAUGAAUCUUGAUCAGUGCUAGUAUCUGUGUGAUAUAUCAACAGUUGUGAUCCAGAUUUUUUUUUCAUUUUCAUUUUUUUUAUGAAUGAACUCAUUUUGGAAUUGGUAUAAUCCUGGAUUACUGUUAGUUGUUUACUCUAUGAAUAAUGCUUUUCUAUAAUCAACUUCAGAUUCA